AUGACGACUAACUAUUUGGUGCCAAACACUAAACCGAUUAAUGGAAAUGUGUUUCAUUCAUUCGAAAAGAUAAAUGAAAUAUUCGCAAAGAAUGACGGUAGAAGAUAUUAUAGAGAACUUGAAAGUUCAUGCUAUGACUCUGAUGCUCCAUAUUUUGAUGAUAAACAAACUCAUUUAAGAAUUACAAAUCCGGCUCAUGAUGUGAAUCAAUUAGGUGACACAUAUAUUAAACGCAAAGUUAAAGCAACUCUAGUUUCAAAUAAAGCUUUCACAUGUGAUGCCGCUUUUAAAUGCAUGCGUUUAUUCGUUGGUUACAAAUCAUCAAAUCAAAGCUUUAAACAAUUAGAAGUAGAAACCGAAAGAGGUGAUGCCGGUUAUCUUCAGAUGGAUUGCGCCCGUGAAUCUUUCGCAUUUGCAACAUAUAAACCAAAAUCAGAAAGGAAAGUUAAAAAGUUUGUUCAUUCGUUAUAUAAUAAUGUUCAAAAAUAUGAUAACUCAGUAUGUGGUAAAUAUAUUGACCCUUCAGAAGUUUUCAAGAAAGCAAAUGAAGAAGUUGAUGUCACUUUUGAUAUGAUUAUUCCGGUAAAUGAUUUGUUAGCAUUUCAGGCGUUCGAUGAUUAUCCUAAAUCAUUUGGUGAAAUCAUUCUUAAAUAUUAUGUUUUCAGGGAUACUUUAGUAUUUUGUCAGGUUGACCCGUUAAGAGUUGCUGAUUUACAAAAUUACGUUUAUGAAAAGAUAACUGAUGAAAAUUAUGAAAAGAUUAUGAAUCAUGUUUAUAAAUAUGAUCGCAAAUUCCAACAAAUCGGACUUCCUGCCAAAUUAAUUACAAGCUUAGCCGCUACAUCUGCUGACGCAACAGUUGAUAACGUUAUUAUUUCAUGCACAAAGAUGGAAGUUUUAUAG